AUGUCCCUCCGACACACCGCCACCGCCACCACCGGCGCAUCAAGCACACCGCGCGCGACACCCUCGUCCAGAGCAGCAGGAACUCGCACAGGAGACAACGACGACGACGACGACGAAGAAGAAGAAGAAGAAGAAGAAGAAGAAGAAGAAGAAGAAGAACCCGUCAUCGCCGGCCCCUACGUCCUGCACCACGGGUCCUUUAUCCUCGAGUUUCUCCGACCAAAGCCGUCGAGGCAGGCUUCCGGCGAGCUCGGCACCACGACGACAUACUCACGAAUCGACACCAUCCACACACCUCAAACCACGCCUCCCGCUCGACCGCACCACAUUGCGCCCUACAUGCCUCACCAGAUCUGGCCGUCGCCGAGCGCCAAGGAAGACACGACGAUGCUGAUAUGGGCACACCCAAACCCCAAAGACAUGGACGACAAGAUGGACCGGCUCUUCUUCCAGACUCUGUUGCUGUACGUGAGUGAUGUGAGCGAGGGCAAGGAGCCGUUCUCCCUGUUACAAAUCAUGUUGAGCCAACACAUCUCCGCCACGGCUCUGGUCGUCUUGCCGGGCCUAACCUUCCUCGGGCCCCUCCGGUGGUGGAUCCCUUGGCUGUUCCAGUGUCUGUGCGCCUACCUGGCCCUGUGGCUGGGCAAGAAACCCCUGCUGAAAAAGUACAUGUCGAUCGAGGACUGGGAGGACGAGGAUGUACAGGAGCGGAUCGGCAUGUGGAGGAAGAAGGAUCUUUGA